AAGAACUUUGCCCUCUUCACUUACAGGCGUCUUGAAUAUACACGUGACCAGCUGCUGGAGUUCAAGAAGCAAAUAGAUAAUAAGGGCGGUCAAGGUCAAGGUGAAGAGCAAGGAGGAGGUUUUGGUGGAGGAUUCGGUGGAUUUGGUGGAGGGGGAGGGAAUGAGGUGAGUUAAAAUACUUAAUUCUCUUUACUGCAUGCCAUAUAGUGUUUAAUCAUCAAGGAAGUCUGUUCCUAACAGAGGAAUUCGGAAGCUUGGCAAGUAUUAGUUCAAGCUGAAGGAAAGUUCGGUCCGUGCUCAUUGUCAAUGAUGUAGCACUGACUAAAGUAGAGUUCCUAUUUUUUAUCACGGUCUUAAUUUUGGCACAUUUUCAGUAAAUAAAAAUAAAAGAAGUAGAGAAUAAGCGGCGAAUAAAAAAGUGGUCCCUUCAGUUAUGUAUUUAGGAUCAUGAGAGUUUGCACACUUUUGUAGUAUAGAAUCAUUCACCAGAUGUUUUUAGUAAACAAACGAAAAAGGUGAAACCGAACAGACGUAAAUGACACGAAGCGCCUUCUCCUUUCUACCUCAAAAUCAAUCUAAGGCUUACUCACGUGUCACUGCAUGUUUCAGCCCUCCAAACAUGUUCCUCAUGGCAGUAAACCAGGCACACAGCAAAGGGACCGAUCGAUCUCGUCUGUCUCUGUGCAUUCCUCUGGGAGACCCAAGUCCAGUUUGAGUACCUUAACGGACAAAGGAACCCCUGAGCCCGCGAUAGAAGAGGUCAGCGAGGAACCGUCUGCCUUGGAACAGGAGAUUGCAUACGAAGAACAAAUCAGGUUGGAAAACAGGAAAAAAGCCUUGUAA